UGAUGAAGUGCCACAUUUCAACAGAGGUCAGCUUCUGCUGUGGGCAUUCUCCAGUUUGAAAACUAUAAAAGGAGCUGUUCAUGAAAACAUUCACACAGAGCCAUGAACAAUAUUGUGAUGCUAAGAUCUACUGUCUUUACUCAUAUGCCACAAUCGAGUUUUUUACCUUAGCCAUCAUGUCAUAUGACCGUUUCCUUGCUAUAUGUUACCCUCUGCAGUAUAGCACACGCAUGACCUUUAACAGGAUUGCUAUACUCAUUGCUGUAACGUGGUUACUUGCUUUAUUUAUCAUGUGCUACACAAUGUUAUUGACUUCUUCUCUGCAACUGUGUGGAAACAUCAUUAACAAAGUUUACUGUGAUAACUAUUACAUUGUCAAACUGUCCUGUGGUGACACUACAGUCAACAACAUAUGUGGACUGAUCGGCACAGUGGUCACAGUAUUUGUUCCUCUGACUUUGAUCAUGUUCUCAUACAUGAAGAUUUUAAAAGUCUGUUUCUCUGGUUGUAAACAGACAAGACAGAAAGCAGUCAGCACCUGCACACCUCACCUGGCCUCACUGCUCAACUUCUCCUUUGGGGUUUGUUUCGAAAUUUUUCACAGCAGGUUUGACAUGAGCAGCGCCCCUAAUACUCUGAGAAUUUUUUUAUCUUUAUAUUUUCUCACAUGUCAGCCACUGUUCAACCCUCUGAUAUACGGACUCAGGCUGUCCAAAAUACAUCAUGUAUGUAAACGUCUGCUUCGUUCUGACAUGUAGGUGAUUCAUUUGUUUUGUUUGAAUUUGAGUAAUAACAUCACAUGACACAAAGCAGAAUUCAGCACAAGCAGGACAGGAAGUCAAACCCUGAUACAACAUUAAGCUUACUUUUUUUCCAGAAGAAAUGCCCCGUGUUGACACCAUGUCGUAUUUCACUUAACAUCAACGACACUCUUGUAAAUCCAGCAUUCUGGACCUUCAGAUGUCAGCUGGAUUGCUAUACUCAUUGCUAUAACAUGGUUACUUGUUUUUUUUAUGAUGAGCUACACAAUAUACCUGACUUUGUCUCUGCAACUGUGUGGAAACAUCAUUAACAAAGUUUACUGUGAUAACUAUUACAUUGUCAAACUGUCCUGUGGUGACACUACAGUCAACAACCUCUGGGGAAUGAUCGCCAGGUGAUUUAUAGUCUUUGUUCCUCUGACUUUGAUCCUGUUCACAUACAUGAGGAUUUUAAAAGUUUGUUUCUCUGGUUGUAAACGGAUAAGAAAGCAAGCAGUCAGCACCUGCACACCUCACGUGGCCUCACUGCUCAACUUCUUCUUUGGGGUUUGUUUUGAAAUUUUCCACAGCAGGUUUGACAUGAGCAUAUUACAGCAUAUAAUAUUCUGAGAAUAUUUUUAUCUUUAUAUUUUCUUACGUCAGCCACUGUUCAACACUUUAAUGCAGUGGUUCUCAAUUAUUUUGUGUCAUGCCCCCCCAAGAGGACAGACAUUUUUUCAAGCCACCCCUGAAUUGAAAUACUAUUGAGAAUCUGAUAAUAUUUAUUUAUCUGUAUAAACUGUACACUGUAUGAAUUGUCCCGCCCUGCCUCUCACGCCCCUAAUAUUCUAAGAAUAUUUUUAUCAAUAUAUUUUAUUACAUGUCAGCCGCUGUUCAACCCUCUGAUGUACGGACUCAGGCUGUCCAAAAUACGUCAUGUCUGUAAAUGUCUGCUUUGUUCUGACAUGUAGGUGAUUCAUUUGUUCUGUUUGAAUUUUAGUAAAACAUCACACCGCUUCAGAAAACUGUCUCAAUAUGAUUCUGUGAUAUAAUGAUCUUGUUACUAUAUAACAGCUGUUGAAAUGUCAUUACCUCACACGAAGUACCAAAAAAUCACUGGCAUAUAUUUGAGUGCCCCAUUGUUUGUAGAAAAUUUAUAAAAUUAAAAGUAAAAUAAAAACUGAAUUGUAUUUUAUGUAGCUCAUGCUUGAGAAAAUCUGCUGGCAUAAUUCUAUGGAUCCACAGAUGGACAGGACACUUAAUGUGUACAUGACGUCAUUUAAGUGUUGGGAAUUCCACAUUUCAAAAACAAGUUUGUUGGGUCUGGGGAGGUUUCAAGUUCUCAUUUAACGUAGACAUAGGAUGUGAUGCAUAUUUUGGUGGACGAAAUAUGAAACCACUUUAUUUAUCACCUUGAUCACUAAAAAGUAAAAAGAAGGGUUCGCUUUGAAAUUGAUUUUCCAAAGCUGCAUGGAGCCACUGAAGAGCCACAUGCGUUGCAGACCCCUGUCUUAACAGAAGCCAAAAAAGUGCAGAAACUAAGAAGCGAAAAAAGAAAGAGUGCAGAAACUAAGAAGCGAAAAAAGAAAGAGUGCAGAAACUAGAAUUUAAGGCAAUAAAGUCUACAGAAAAUGUGUCAGGGAAGCUCAGAUUAAAAGAGCACAGUCAGGGAAUAACUUAAGUUAUAUCACUUGAUUUCAAGAUUCAAGAUUCAAGAUUUCUUUAUUGUCAUACCAACACACAUU